AUUGUGUGAUAGCACCACAAUUCCUCUUUUUUAAAAAACAAAACGGCGAACACACAUUCAACAUCAUGUCUUCUCUAGAGAAAUUAAAACAACAAAGACUGAUACAUCUAUGUAUAGCAAUAACAUUUUUCACAUCGGGUUUGUUUAUAAAUUUUGCCCAAUUAAUUUUGCAUCUGUUAUUGAAACCCAUCAAUAUUGUACUCUUCCGUAAGAUAAUGUACUACUUAUGUUACUCUCUAUACUCACAAUUGAUUUUUGUUGCCGAUUGGUAUUCAAACUCUACCCUCCAAGUUUUCAUGGAUGCUGAUGAUGAAAAAACCUAUGCUGGCAAAGAAAAUGUUUUACUUAUGAUGAAUCAUAGUUAUGAAAUUGAUUGGUUAGCCGGUUGGAUGUUUACCGAAAAAGUUCAUGUUUUGGGCAAUUGUAAGGCUUAUGCUAAAAAGGUAAUCGCAUAUGUUCCCGUUAUUGGUUGGGCAUGGAAAUUUGCCGAAUUUGUCUUCCUGGAGCGUUCAUACGAUAAGGAUAAGGAAAUUAUUUCUCGCCAAUUGAAGGAAGUCUUCGCUUAUCCCGAUCCUACCUGGCUGCUAUUAAAUGCUGAGGGUACUCGUUUUACACCCAAAAAACAUGAAGCUUCUGUUAAAUUCGCCGAAGAACGUGGCAUGCCAGUUUUGAAACAUCAUUUAAUACCACGCACAAAAGGUUUUACAGCCAGUUUAGAUAGUUUACGUGGUCGUUGUCCAGCUAUAUACGAUAUUAAUUGUUUUCAAAAGGAUGCUGUGAAUCCUCCCACUAUCUCCACACUUUUAAAUGGUAAACCUGUGGAAGGUUUAAUGCUCGUUAGACGUAUACCAUUGGAUACUGUUCCCACUGAUGAAGCAAAAGCCGCUGAAUGGUUACAAAAUUUAUUCCGUGAAAAAGAUAAAAUUGUUGAUAGCUUCCAUACUACCGGUAGUUUCUUUGCAACAUCUGGUAUAAAAGAAACAUCCUAUAAAUACUAUCCCAAACGCUUGUGUUCUCUCAUUAAUUUUGCCGUAUGGGCAGUAUUCUCAAUAUCAUUAAUUAUGUACUAUUUGAUUUCGUCAUUGAUAUUGCACAAUUGGAUUGGUUUAUCUAUUGCUGUUGGUGUAUUAGUAACCAUUUAUAUAUUUAUGGUUAAAGCUAUAAACAUGUCGAAAAUCAGCAAAGCUUCCAACUAUGGAUCCGAGGUUAAAACUAGCACAAAAAAAGACUAAAACGCACUAGAAAACUAUAAUAAAGUAAUACAACAUAACUGCUAGUACAUGUACAUUACUGCAGAAACCGAAAUGCACAAUUUCCCUAAAAUGUACAUUUUAUGAAUGAUAACGUACAAAAAAAGAAAACAACAAGUUAUAUUAUGUUUUUAGUUUCAAACUUAACAAAAUAAAACAAAACAUCUCUUUAUCAUUUAUCUACUUAAGUUAUAAUUCUACUUGCAAAAUUCUUUAUUAUCUCUGCGAAUUCAAUCUUUAUUUUAUAAUAUAUGCACAGGAUGUAUUAUAUUAUUAAAAAACAAAACAAGCGUAACUAUUACUAUUGUCCUUUAAAAAGUUCAUUAUAUAUUUAUAUAAAAGAUCUAUUAUGUAUUUGUAUAUUAUAGAAAAUCAAAAAAAAAGAGAAAAUCUUUAUUAUGAAUAAUGACUAGAUUUCUAAGAUUAAAUUGUUUUUUGUAUGUAUAUAUUUUAUGAAAUAUAUUCCAAUAGAUUUCAUACAUUUAUUUUGUAAAAGAACAAUUUCUUAUAUUUGAAAUUACGAUUUUUACUCUGCACUUUUGAAUUAUAUACAAAAAAUAUGAAAAAAAAAAAUCUUAAUACAA